GAGCGCACCGGGUGCUCGCCCUACGCGCUCUGCGCGCUCCCGUUACUAGAACCGCCAUUUUAACUCCAAAACAUGUCAAAAUAUUUUUCUGCUUACGACCUACAGAUCUGAGCGGCUCCGGACCCGGAGGAGGCGUUUUCAGGUGAGGACGCCGGGUGGGGACUUGGUGGUGCUGCAGCGGGGCGCAGUCAGUCACCGCGCAGCCUGAUUUUUAACGGCCGCAGGCUGUGACCGAGCCUGUAGCUGGAGCUAACCGUGGGCAGCAGCUUUGCUCUGAGAGCUGAGACAGAUGUGAAUAUUGUGAUGUGACUUGAAAACUCCUUCAAGAUAGUCAGUUUAUCUGGCUCUACUGUCUGUGAGGCCAAUGUGGGUGUGCUGCACCUUAUCUAAGGAACAACACUCUCUGACUUGAAGUCCCCAAGGUGCAGGCUGCAGUCAUGUUCUGGAAGUUUGACCUGCAUACGGCGUCUCAAGUGGAGAAGCUGUUGGAGAAGGAGGAUGUUACUCUGAAGGAGCUGCUGGAUGAGGAUGAUGUGCUGCAGGAGUGUAAAGCUCAGAACCAGCGCCUCUUACUCUUCCUCACACAGGAUAGCAGCCUGCUGGAGCUCAUCAGCCUCAUCACACAUGAGCCCCCUACUGACCGGGAGGAGAAACUGCGCUACAAAUAUGCCAACACAGCAUGUGAGUUGUUGACAUGCGAUGUGUCCAUCAUUAAUGACAAAGUAGGCGGAGACGAUUCUUUCCUGAACGCACUUUACAGCUUUGUAGAACAGGACCCACCUCUUAACCCCCUGCUUGCCUCCUUCUUCAGCAAGACCUUUGGCAGUCUGAUUAGCCGCAAGACAGAGCAGACAAUCAGUUUCCUGAGGAAAAAGGAUGGAUUUAUUACGUUGGUGCUGAAGCACAUGGACACUUCGGCUAUGAUGGAUCUGCUGCUGCGGCUCAUCAGCUGUGUGGAGCCUGCUCCCCUCAGACAGGACGUCCUAACUUGGUUGGAUGAGGAGAAGCUUAUUCAAAGACUGACAGAGUUAAUUAACCCCAGCAGUGACAAUGAGAGGCAGUCGAAUGUGUCUCAGACGCUUUGCGACAUCAUCCGCAUGAGUCGUGAUCAGGCCAGUCUGCUGCAAGAGCCUACAGAGCUAGACCCUCUGCUCACUACGCUGGAGCUCCAGCAGAGUGUGGAGGCCCUCUUAAAGAACAUGUUCGAGGGAGAGAAGAGUGAAGUCUGCAUCAUAAAUGGAACUCAUGUUUUACUUACAUUAUUAGAGACAAGGAAACCUGGAGUGGAGCUGAUAGACCCAGCAUCUCAGGGGUUGGAAAAGUCUUAUACUGUAAACAACAGCAUCUUAUUGGGCAUUCAGCCUUAUCUAAAGCAUUACCACAACCUCCUGCUGAACCCGCCUAAGAAGUGCAGUAUGCUGACGACUUUGGGCAUUUUAGAGGAGCCCUUUGGGAAUGCUCGGCUGCAUGCCUGCAGACUUGUGGCUGCACUGCUUAACACUACAGCUCCCAGAAUCCACUAUGAGCUCUGCCAGUUGGACAUGGUCAACCUGAUACUGGAUCUGUUCUUUAAAUUCACAUGGAACAAUUUCCUCCAUGUUCAAGUGGAGCACUGUGUAUCUGCCAUUCUUCAUCAAGUAGUGCAGGAGGGGACAGCACAGGACAGUCCUGAGCCAGAACAGCCAGAAAACAAAGACAUAGCACACGCUUGCAUUGAGGAUAUACAAAACUUGGACAAGUCCGACAUGCUAUCACACCAAGACCUGGUAAAGCAUCUCUUUCAGAAGUGCAGGCUGGUCCAGAGAAUACUAGAUGCGUGGGAGGAAAAUGACAAAACACAGGCCGAGGGGGGCAUGAGGAGAGGGUACAUGGGACAUCUUACCAGGAUAGCAAAUGCUGUAGUGCAAUGUGCAGAGAAAGAGCCAGCACAAGCUCACAUCAUGCAGCUUAUAAACGAAUUACCUGAAGACUAUAGAACACGCUGGCAAAACUUUGUGGAUGAAACGCUAGCAGAAACCAACAAGAAGAAUGCAGUGGACCUGGUAUUUUCAGAUUACCAGAUCCAGCAAAUGACAGCAAACUUUGUUGACCAAUUUGGAUUCAAUGAUGAUGAGUUUGGAGAGCAUGAUGACAGUAUCAAUGCAACAUUCAGUCGAAUUGCAGGAAUCAACUGUAGCCUGGUGGAUGAGGGCCCCACUCCUGGAGCCUUUGAAGCUUGCGGUAAGGAGAAAAUUCGGCAAUUUGAUGAUGCUGAUGAGGAGGAAGAUAUUUGGGAGGACAAAGAAAUCAACUAUGCAACACAAGUGAAAUCUAGAACUAGGUUUGGGGUAACAUCAAGCACCCUAAAGAGUGAGGGUGAGGGUGGAGCUCGAAGGCGUCUGGGCUCACCUGACUUGGAGCGAUUUCCAGAGCCUAAGCAGAUCCCAGACAACAACCAGGGCCAGGAAGUGGGCACACAAGCAAGCUCCCCACAGAGUCCAGGCUGGGUGGCGAGUUUUGAAGAUGACUUUAACUUUAAGGCUGAUUUUGCAAGCGUUGCUAUAGACACAGGUUCUGGGGUGUGGGGUAGCUCAACAGCUCAGCUGAGUGACAGUGAGGAGAAGGGCUGGGCCACCUUCACUGACUUUCAGCCUUUCUGCUGCUCUGACACUGGACCCAGAUGCAGCUCUCCAGUAGACUCAGAAAUUCAAGGAACACAAAACCAAGACAAAGAUGUGAAGGGCUCAGCUGCGUGUGUGUGGAGUGUGUGCGGAUCGAGGAAGGCUCCUCUGGUGGCGUCUGACAGCAGCUCUAGCGGUUCCGAUAGCGAGGAAGAGGAGGAGAGAAGUGAGAUUGUCCUGGAUAAGAUUACUACAGGCAAAGAGACUGGCAAAAUCACAAUGGAAGCCAAAAAUGAGAAGGCACUCUUUACCAGUGAAGCUGAUGCCAAAACAUCAAGUGGCAUGACAGCAGGCACUACGAUGUCCAUCACAGAUACUCCUCCCCCUAAGGAGCAGAAAGCAGACUAAAGGCAAAAACCCAAAUACUAAUGACCAAGUGUGACAAAAGCUGUCAGUAUUUCAGAGCCACCUCAGUGUUCUUGUGUAUCAGCUCCACUUGUGAAAUAUCUAAUGCCUUGUUUUCACAUUUUCCCAGAGCCCCCAAGUUUCUUUUAGUCCAGCUUCAAGUCAAGCCUCUUUGAAAUCUGACCUAUUGCAUAGCAGCUGCUAGCCUGAAUGCAUUCGUGCCAGGCAAAUGCAGGUUUAGGAUUCUUCCAUUUGCUGUCAAUAUUGCUAUGUUGCGAGCAGUAUAGCAAUGUUGCUAAGGGCAGCUUACCACAGCUGUGACACAUUCAAUUCGCAGUCCUCGAGUGGCCAGCCACUACUUUUAUCCUCCUCCCUUUUUUCCCGAGCCAAGCUAACUAGUGCACUUCCAAUCCAGAACACCAGUGGAAAUAAGGCAAAAGGGUGUGGUUUUACUUCAGCUUAAGUCAAAUCCUCACAAGCUCCUUCAGGAUUUUCUUGCACUUCUGCUGUCCCUAUUAGCCACUUAAAUGAAAUUUUAUUUGGUGCAUUGUUACAACCUAAACAAACCUCCACAAGAACUAGAUAAGUGACAUCUGGCCUCUUCCUUAGAACAGAUAGGUACAUUUUCCACUAAAACUCUGUGGGCCAGCUCCUUCCACUACUUUGUGUGUGUGCGUGUGUGCACGAAAGAGUGAGUUGUAGAAGACAUUUUGGAUAGACUAUGAAGUUUACUCAGUUUAGAAUGCUGUGUCUAUAAUGCAAUAAGGUUGCAUUCUGUAGCGAGUAUUAGGAAUUGCAUUACAUAAUAAGUUUUUUUUUUUUUUUUUUUUUUCCCCCCCAGUAGAUGAUAGCAUCACUGUUUACCCAUAAGUGUGUGUGUGUGUGUGUGUGUGUGUGUGUGUGUAUUUAUUUAUUUAUUGCAGGUCCUUUCUGGAUCUAUAUCUGGUCAGGUCCAUUGGCUCAGUGUUUAAUUUCAUAAUUGUCUAUUCUGUCUUAAUCAUUGUCUCAGAGAUUUCAACUUACACAGAAUUCUUAUUUGCAACACAAUUCUCAAUUACUUGCAUCCAAAAAAAUCCUUUUCAUGCUGUGUCUCACAUAUGCAUUCACACACAGAAUAGCUGGAGGAUACAAGGGUAUGUAUGUGUAUGUAGUUGCAGCUUGUUUGCUCAGGUAUGAUGAUGAUGAUGAUGAUGUGUAUCUUUCUUGGCUCUUAAAGACUUGUGUCAAACAUUGCAUACUUUCUCUAUUCAGUUACUUCGGAUACUAUUUUCAAAGUAGUAUUUUAAAGGUUGCACAUUUAUAUCAUUAGUAAAUAGAUUGAUUUAAUAUCAAUGAUAAACAUGCUAAUUGCAAUUCUGAAUUACUGAAUUCACAUUGUCAGGCUAAGAAUGUGGAUUUUAAUUGAAAAUUCACAACCUGUAGAGCCUAAUAUAUUGAGACUGACAUUUGCAAAUUUUAAAUGGUAGAUAAAAAUACCAUGUUAUGUAAGUCAAUUUUGUUUAUUAUAAUGUCUUGUAUUGUUGACAUUCAUCUGCAGCCUGUAAGUUGAAAGGUAAAUAAUUGAAACAAUUGUGAAAAUACAUAUUUCAAGCACUUCCUGCAUAUCCAGUUUGUAAAUGUCAAGAAGGAUUACAGUCUUUUGAAGUAAUAUUUGGGAAAGAUUGAAGACUGAAGAGAAAGAACAAACAGAAAUAUGCCACUGACACAUAUUGACUGACCCUUGCUUUAGGUAUGCCUUUUCCAUGGCAGGUAUUAGUAAUUACUGUGUGAUUGUUGCUUCUAUUUUGUUGUGUAUGUUACUUAACAUACAGUAUAUAUAUAUUUUUUAUGAGGAGUUACUUGCAAAAUACAAAGCUUUGGUGUGUAUGAGAAUUUAGAGGCAAUAACAAAGUUUGAGUGCUUUAGCUGUUCUGAAAGUUUUCCUCUAGCUUUGCUUUCACGACUGUCAAACACACUGCAUUCUCUGUUAAAUGACUUGAUACUUGAUUGUGUACAUGCAAAUUCACUCUACCAGAAGCUCAGUCCUUGCGUUUAGAUUUUUUGCACUUUUGAAAACUUGAUUUUUGAUACCAAAAGCUGUACGAUGAUGAUGGUGAUGAUAAUGAUGGUGACAAUGACGGAGCUUUUUCACUGUGUUAUGCUACUAUGUACAUGGUUGAAAGUUUUGAAACACUUUAUUUUGUAAUUAAUAUGCAGGUGUGAGUGAGUGUCUAACAGAAGGUGUGGUCCAUCAAACCCAGGCCUUGUGUUUGAAUGUAUCUUCUUUUUUUAUGAUUUUUUUUCUGAAUUUAUCAAUAUAUUUUGCCAAAGUCUCAAACUGGUCUCAAAUUUAAACAAAAUAAUUUCUUGAUUUAAAAAACAAAUCAAUCUCCUUUCUUUUUUUUUCUUUUUUCCUUUUUGCUGGAAAACAGGGUUACAUUUUCUUCCCUUAGACGCCUUUAUGCCCUUCCACAGCAUUAGAGUAAGAUUCUUUUCCUGUACUGUAUGCCUCUACAGUAACUCAACUGCCUUCUGGUCAGUGUCUAUGCCGCUAUAGUCUGUAUUCUCUCUUUAUCCUGUCUUCCAAGUGCACAUACUAGUUAACCACUCGCUCACUCUGUACUUUUCUUCCUCUUCAUGUAGAAUUUGCUUAUUAAAAUAUUUAUUUUUUCCUUGUCAUUGCUCAGUGACGUGCAGAAGCACACAGAUGGUAGCAAAAGCCUUCACAUUCCUGUUUGUUUUUUCCCCCCCAAAAUCAUUAUAACACCUGAUGAAACAAACUUUGUGACGAUGGCAAUUUAAUAGUCAGAAAAGAUCAUUUCUUACUGCAGUCAAAUAAAUACACACACCACCUAAUUGAACUAGUUUAACUAUCAAACAUAUAAUAGUCAAUCUUUAUAAAUGAAAAAGAUACAAUAAUGAACCAAUAUUAAUUAUUAUUAGUUCAACUGAACACAAUUUAACCAUGUAAAUUGUUAUUACACAGUAAUAAUGUUUCUUGUAGCUUCAGCUGUUCCACUUUGAAAGUGCAGCUGUGAAACUAAUCAUUUUGAUUCUUAAAUCUAUUUAGGUCCGGCUUUAUUUUAGGUGUGAUUAAUGCUAGUGUGCUCACUUGUUUUGUAACUGUCAUGGUAUUAGAUUUCAUCACACUUUAGUUAUCCCUGAGUAUACUUACCAGGUCUGUGAUUGACUGUCUGAACUGCAUAUUCAUACAAACACCUAAUUUAAAGUUGGACUAAUGUUUAUGUAAACAUGUAUACAGGACACUAAAGCAUAUGUCAUUAUCUGGUCCAGUAUUGUAUGGUAUCUACUGCCUUCAGCAUCUGUGUAUUUGUGUCAGUCUGGACUACAGGUCAUCAUACAGUCAAAUGCCUUUUGUAUUUGUAAACUGAUGCUGGUGGUUUCUUUUUUGUAUAAAUGCAAUACUGUACCUGUUAUUUUUUGUUGACUCUAGGCUUCAAAUUCAAAUAUCAAACCAAUAAACAUUUUAGAUGUGUCUAAA